GGGAUGUUUUGCAUUCAAGAGGAGCUUGUCAGAAAAUAGUCCCUGCUUCAAGGGAUGCCUCUGGACAUGAGGCAGCUAAGGCCCACUAUAAAAGCCAGCCCAUCUCCGUGCUCUCUCAUCCACUUCUCUGGCCUUCUUCUCCUUGGGAACAAGGUGCACCUCCUGCCCCCAGACAUGUCCUGCUAUGACAAGUGCCAGCCGUGCCAGCCGUGCCAGCCCUGCGGCCCGACCCCGCUGGCCAGCAGCUGCAACGAGCCCUGUGUCAGGCAGUGCCAGAACUCCACCAUCGUCAUCCAGCCCUCUCCUGUGGUGGUGACCCUGCCCGGCCCCAUCCUCAGUUCCUUCCCGCAGAACACUGCUGUGGGAUCCUCCACCUCCGCCGCCGUUGGCAGCAUCCUCAGCUGUGACGGAGUCCCCAUCAACUCUGGCUGCUGUGACCUCUCCUGUAUUACCAGCCGCUACUGUGGCAGCAGGUGCCGCCCCUGCUAAAGAUGCCAGACAGUGCCCCAGACCAGGACCCCAGGAACUCAGAAUAUGCUGCUGGACAAAAAUGGACAGAAGAACAAACCUUGUAGUGUUGUUUUACGAGGAGCUGACCA